AGUGAUGGCUGACAGCAGGCACAAUCUUCAUUUGCUUGGCACAUUGUCACCAUGCAACUCAACGUGUUUUGCAAGGAAUAAUCGUGACACACCAUCUCUGUGAGAUAGUGUGAGGACAUCCGGCCGUUUCUUGGAAGAAUUGUCUGUCUACCUUCUUUGAGCCCCGUUGUGACAGUAUAGCUCCCCAUGAGGCUCAGCUCUGUCUGACCUAAGAGCCAGUUGGCAUCUUCCUGCUAACAGAAGCCAGAUUUUCACUGGGGCUAGACUAUUUAUUGACAGUGUUUUCCCAGACUGACCCAUGAGUGUCUCAUUUCCAAGGUCCCCUAAAGUGCUGGUUCACCUCUGUUUUCCAAGAGCACUUGUUGCUUCCUUCUCUCUCCUCCCUCCCCAGCAUCCUCCUCACUUUCUUCCCUUAUAGCUUCUUGCACUGUGUGUGUGUGUGUUUCUUCUCCUUUUUUUUUUUACCCUAAUGAAUUUGUUUUGCAGGUUUUGAAAAAGAAAAACAUUGGUAUCCAGAAUUUUGACAUUAAUUUUUAUCUGUUUAUACAUCUUUGAGUGUGAUCUCUGUGGUUUUAAAAUCCCAUAUUUUGAGUGGUUUACACUGUUGUCUAAGAAAAGUUGUUUUAAACCUUUGCUCUGCAAGCACCAGAAGAGAACUCAUAAAAAGGAAGACAACAGCAGAUGCAACCGCGGAUGUGGCUUCGUCCUUGCAGCUGCCCCAGAGAGUUGUUCGGAGUGUACUGUCCUCAGUAAUGAAUCCAGAAGAGCGAGUCGUGACAUGGCUUAUAUCCUUGGGAGUUUUGGAUUCCCCCAAAAAGACCAUCUGUGAUCCGGAGGAGUUUUUGAAGUCUUCGCUGAAAAAUGGGGUAGUGCUGUGCAAACUGAUCAACAGAUUUAUGCCUGGCUCUGUGGAAAAGUAUUGUCUGGAGCCCCAAACCGAAGCCGACUGCAUCAACAAUAUCAAUGACUUCCUGAAAGGAUGUGCAACCCUUCAAGUGGAGAUAUUCGAUCCUGAUGACCUUUAUUCAGGGGUCAAUUUCUCCAAGGUUUUGAGUACUCUUUUAGCUGUCAACAAAGCAACAGAAGAUCAGCUAUCAGAAAGACCAUGUGGACGCUCCUCUUCUCUUAGUGCUGCUAAUAGUUCUCAGACAAACCCACAGGGAGCCGUUUCUAGCACAGCUCCAGGGCUGCAAAGGCAGUCAAAGGCAGUGGAGAUGACAGAAAAUGGAAGUCACCAGUUGAUAGUAAAAGCAAGAUUCAACUUUAAGCAGACUAAUGAGGAUGAACUGUCAGUCUGUAAAGGGGACAUCAUUUACGUCACUCGAGUUGAAGAAGGAGGCUGGUGGGAAGGCACAUUAAAUGGGAGAACAGGCUGGUUCCCUAGUAAUUAUGUCCGAGAAAUUAAAUCCAGUGAGAGACCUCUUUCCCCUAAGGCUGUCAAAGGAUUUGAAACUGCUCCACUUACCAAGAAUUAUUAUACUGUGGUGUUACAGAAUAUCUUGGACACUGAAAAAGAGUAUGCUAAAGAACUUCAAUCUCUUCUUGUUACUUACUUAAGACCCCUGCAGUCUAAUAACAAUCUGAGUACUGUGGAGUUCACAUCUUUGCUAGGAAACUUCGAGGACGUAUGCACAUUUCAACAGACACUCUGCCAAACCUUGGAAGAAUGUUCAAAGUUUCCAGAAAACCAACACAAAGUAGGAGGUUGUCUACUGAGUCUCAUGCCUCAUUUUAAAUCUAUGUAUCUGGCUUACUGUGCAAAUCACCCUUCAGCUGUAAAUGUGCUCACCCAGCACAGUGAUGAGCUGGAGCAAUUUAUGGAAAAUCAAGGUGCAUCUAGCCCAGGUAUACUCAUUUUAACAACAAGCCUCAGCAAACCAUUCAUGCGACUGGAAAAGUAUGUUACUCUCUUGCAAGAGCUGGAACGGCAUAUGGAGGAUACUCAUCCAGAUCAUCAGGAUAUUCUGAAAGCAAUCGUGGCAUUCAAAACUCUCAUGGGGCAGUGCCAAGAUCUGAGAAAGAGAAAACAGCUGGAGUUGCAGAUACUUUCUGAACCUAUUCAGGCAUGGGAAGGGGAGGAUAUUAAAACCUUGGGAAGUGUGAUUUUUAUGUCACAAGUAAUGGUGCAGUAUGGAACGUGUGAGGAAAAAGAAGAGCGGUACCUUAUGUUAUUUUCAAAUAUCUUGAUAAUGUUAUCUGCAAGUCCUCGGAUGAGUGGCUUCAUCUAUCAGGGAAAAAUACCAAUAGCAGGAAUGGUAGUGACUAGAUUAGAUGAAAUUGAAGGGAAUGACUGCACAUUUGAAAUCACUGGUAACAUAGUAGAGAGAAUCGUGGUCAAUUGCAACAACAACCAGGACUUCCAGGAAUGGUUGGAGCAGCUGAACAGGCUGAUCAGAGGACCUGCCUCUUGCAGUUCAUUAUCCAAAACAUCGUCGUCAUCAUGUAGUGCUCAUUCCUCUUUUAGCUCUACUGGACAGCCCCGAGGACCCUUGGAGCCUCCUCAAAUUAUAAAACCGUGGAGUUUAAGUUGUCUACGACCUGCACCUCCACUUAGACCAUCCGCAGCACUAGGUUAUAAAGAGAGGAUGUCUUAUAUCUUAAAGGAGUCUAGUAAAAGCCCCAAAACGAUGAAGAAGUUUCUUCACAAAAGAAAGACCGAGAGAAAACCAUCAGAGGAGGAAUACGUGAUUCGGAAAAGCACAGCUGCUCUGGAGGAGGAUGCUCAGAUUCUUAAAGUGAUCGAAGCCUACUGCACCAGCGCAAAUUUUCAACAAGGCCAUGGCUCAAGUACCCGCAAAGAUUCUGUUCCACAAGUCUUACUCCCUGAGGAAGAGAAACUCAUCAUUGAAGAAACCAGAAGCAAUGGCCAAACCAUCAUGGAAGAAAAGAGCCUUGUUGAUACUGUGUAUGCCUUGAAGGAUGAGGUCAAAGAACUCAAGCAGGAGAAUAAAAGAAUGAAGCAAUGCCUGGAAGAAGAACUGAAAUCAAGAAGGGACCUAGAAAAGCUGGUCCGGAGGCUGUUGAAGCAAACCGAUGAGUGUAUUCGAGCCGAGUCCAGUAGCAGCAAGACCUCAAUUCUUCCAUGACCAUCACUGUAGCACUGGGCAGAGUGUGCCUUCAGGGCAUUUUGAAAUGUCCCACUGAAUGAUUUGAUUCCGUUUGCUCACUUCUUUGGUUUUUCUUCUCUCUCUCUCUCCCCCCCCCCCCUUUCUCUCUCUGUAUGCACUUCAGUGUUUAUUGUCAUCUGGUUAUUUUUUGGUUGUUCAUUUUUUUCCAGCAGGGAAAAAAGCAGGAGGUGGGGGUAAAUGUGGCCCCGGAGUCUUUUCCACUUAGUAAGAAAAGGAAAGUGAAUGCAGGCAAACGACUUACAGUUCUUCAGAUGGUCUUCAGUUUACAAUGCCUCUGCGACAGCCAUUGCCCUCAGAUCAUAUUCUUUGGGCUGGCUGCUGUCACAACACAACUGGCCAGGGCAUAUUACAUGUGAACCCACCUUCCCCUCCAAUGCUUUCCUGCAUCUGCAAGCCCCUCAGUACCUAAUUUAC